CACUCUGGCUUGUUCUGAGGGAAUGUUUUCCCCUCAAAAGGGGCAUGGCGCAAACAACCUGCUCUGUGUGACGCGGGUCCGGUUGUAAGUAUAGAAACUGAAUGACGUUGACAUUGGUGGCGACCUUGGAAUGGCGUACGCCUACUUAGGCUACCUACCCAGGUGGAGGUAAUUGCACCUUUCUGCAGUAUUGUGCUGCAUUGAUUCGACUGUCCGUUUGUCGGUGUGCAAUCGUGCAUGUGAGCAAAACAUCAACUGGAGAUGUCUUGGCUGCGGGUGACAAAAAUAUUUGUAUUUUUAUUUUUAUUUGCGCUCCCUCUACCACCUUUCGCGCUUCGAACGUGGAGUUCGUUACAAUUUGGCAAUUUCAGCGCAGCUAAUGUUUUAGACAUUUAUCGUCAAAAAACGACCGAUAUCAGCGGUGAGGGCCGAGGGACUGAUACUGUGAAAGGCAAGAUGGGACGACUGUUACUCUCAAAUCAACUGAAGUCCAUUGAAAACCUCAAACAUACGCCAACGGAGCAAAGGCCUUGGGAAGAACUGAAUAUCAUUCACCUGCAAAAUGGAUCAUGGAACCUACAACCACAUUCAGUCACACGCAAGAAAAGGUCACUCAUUAGUAACGGCUAUCAGUCUGACUUCUCAGGUCACGUUCACCAAAAGAAAGCGUUUGUUUUUCCACCUGGCCCUGAUAUGCACACGGGCGAGAGAUGGCAGUCGAUGAGGCCGGUGGUGGAAUGUGCGGGUAACGCGAUGACCCUCACAGCGCAGGGAAGAGGAUACACGAAUUUGUUGGUAGACCGAGAGGGGUCGUCUCCAGUGUCGCUUUUCCACAUGCCACCUCACUGUGGCUACAACAUGAAGUACACGUGGAAGGACCUGGUCCUGCGUGUGCCGUAUGACGGCUGCUAUAUCAUCCGAGAGAAUGGCAGCUAUGUCCUCCCUCUGCUGUGGUGGGGAAAGCCGGUAAAGAUCUCUUGCCCAGUGAUUUCCAUCCCCCAGCUGCUGUGUUCGCCCUACGGGAUGGUGCUGAAGAUCGCUGGGGUCGAGGAUGGGGGACAGACACUUAAGGCCAAAGUGGAGGAUAAACAGGUGCCCCUGGUGUCCUCGGAGUGUGCCCAUCCCAUGAACUCGCCACCUGAACAUCUGUUUGUCUUCGCCCCUUACACAGCUGCCUGUGUGACGCUGAAGGAUGACCACAGCACAAUCGUCGCCGUCGUCCACGGUGGAACAGGGUUCACCAUGGCCUGUCCUCUGCAACUUCACAUGAUCGACCAUCUGUCCUCUCCGUCUCAAUCCUCUUCCGCUGUCCCACCUAAAAAGCCCGGCCCAAAGGAGCAGUCCCAGUCUCCACCCCACCCUCCACCUCCACCCACCACCCCUCCGCCUGUCGCUGCGUCGACCCCGAUCCCCAACCCCACGGGGGUGCCUGCCUAUGCCCCUCUAGGUCCUCCAUACAUGCUUUACCCCCCUCAGAAAUUUCCGGGAUAUCUAGCUCAUGCACAGCCGUACCCCCAACAAGAGCACGGUCCUCCGCCCGUCCCCACUGCCCCGGCUCCCUCCGCUCCCAUCUCCUCGUCACCUGGACGACCAGUGGACACCCCUGACCAUCCGCUGCAGCAUCCUUACAACCCGUUCAUGUCUUUCUUGCACCCCUACGUCGGCCAAAAGUUUCCAGCGCCUCCACACUCCCGGCAAGAGUCUCCAGCUCCUCCUUCUCCGACGAUGAUGACUACUCCUGCUCCCACGUCUGUGAAGAUUCCUCCCCCGGCGGCUGAAACUCCAGGCUCAGCAGAAGGAGGGGCUUACGGUCACCUCCUCUCCUCCUCCUAUCCCUACGCGUAUCCGUAUAUGGGACUGACGUUUCCGGGUUUUCCUCCUCAUCCGGAUCACAAAUUUCCGUCUCCUCCGGCAGUACCCACCUCACCCCCACCUGCUACCACACCUCCUGCCCCCACAUCUCCUGCCCAUAUGUGGGUUUACAGGCCCCACCCGUACCCGUACCCGUACAUGGGGCAAAUGUUGCCCACCCACCCUCACACGCAACAAAAAACACCUCCAUCUUCAUCCUCAUCUGCAUCUGCAGCUUCAGACCCUGAAUCAGAGACAACAUCUACGCCGUCACCGGGGCCCUAUGAUCGGCACUUCAUACCUUUCGUUUACCCUCACAUAGGGCUGAAGUUCCCAUCUCAUCCUUACCCCCAACCAGAAGCUCCAUCUACACCUGCCCCUACCCCGCCCUCCCCAGCUCCUCCCAAAAUGCCCCCCUCGUCUCCAGCCCUCGGUUCGCCGCCACAGAUUCCCUUCUCCCCGUCAGGGCAGUAUCAUGAUUUCAUUUCUGAGCAGUACCCUUACAUGGGGCAAAAGUUUCCAGCUCUUCCUGGUCACGCCCAACAGGAGACUCAGCUACCUCAUCUUCUUCGUCCACUCAGAUACCCCUUCCAGGUCCAGCCAGCCACGGUCUGCUCUCCCAGUCCCAGAUCCCUCUCUCCCCAGCAGGGGCACUACACCCAUACAACUACCCUGGCCUCCCCUGGUUUGCCCCCCCACCUCCCCAUGCUCCAGGUGACCCCUCCAGUGCACCCUCAAAAGAUGGCCCCCACUCUCAGCUACCCCACGCUCUGCACUGGCCCCACUUUUACUGGCCCCACGUACCACCACCAUCAGGGCCCGGCCCUGCUUCUACCGACACUACUACGGUAGCAAUGCAAGCUCC